AUGAUUGCUGCUUGCGAUGCUGCUUGCUAUCGAUUGGGUUUCUUAUUGGGUCUAAUAAUGAGUGCAAAAAAUGAAAAUAGAGAUAGCAGUAUCAUAUCAACAGUUUUAAAAGAUGAAAAACUAUUAUUAUUUAUAUUAUCAAAAGUUAAGGAUUACAGAGGUUACCAACGAUCUUUGGUGCCUGUAAACUUUACAAGAAAGAAUAAAUAUGAUAUCAAAGAGAAAGAUCAUCAAGAAGAUGUUGAAAUGUUAGAUGAAGAAGAUCAAGUAGACAAUGAAGAAAAUGAAGAAGAAGGAAAAGAAAAAGAAGUAGAAGAAGAGGAUGAAGAUCAACCAAGUUCGAAAAAAAGAAAAUCAGAAGUUUUGGAAGAGGAACAAGAACAAGAACAAGCAGAAGAAGAAGGAGGAGAAACAAACAAUGAUGUCCAAUCUUCCGAGGAAAUCUUCUCAAAACCUGUGUUUCCACCGAAAUACAAGUUAGAUGGUCACGGUUAUUAUUAUCAUCCUUUAUCGAUGAUCAAGAGUUACAAUGUUCAAUAUCUCGGUUACGAUGAAAUGGUGGAUGCCUACCAGAUGGUUAUCAACGGUAAUUUGGGUGUGUUACUUGACAAACUCAAGAGAGGCGGAAAUCUCACAUUCAGCCCAGUGCGCAAUGCCAGACAAUUCAUCAGAGUACUUUCCAACCAACCGGAACUCUUUGAUUUGCUCUAUACCAAGUUUGGUCACACUUUCGAUCAACGUGGUUCCAUCACUUUGGAUCUAUGCUUUGAAAUCGGUGCACACCCUGCAAUUAUCAAUAGGGUACUAGCGAGUACCACUCAUUACUCACACACCAAAUCCGUGUUAAAAUACCGAAGACUAGAGCUUCUUUCUAGUUUACACUUCAACCAUAUGGAUUCUAACGAUGCUUUGGCUGCUCUGUUGGUCGCCAUCGAAAUGGGAAAGAGUACACUCGUUGACAUUGCCGCUAGAUAUUCAAAUGUCGUAAGAUCGUUUUCACAAGACAAAGAAGUGCUGGCAAAGUUGUUGGAGAUCGGAGAUUUGGACCUGCUGAGUUGGUUCCACCAGGAGUUUUCAUUGAACAUUCACCAGGAUGUAUUGGAUAAAUACAGAGUUUCAGGUGGACAAUCCACUGUAAAGCCAGAGGAAUUCAAAGAGAAGUUAAAGGGGAUAAUGAACAGACCUUAUGUAGAGACCAAUCAGAGAUUCAUGGAAUUAGAGAUGGCGAAAUAUGGCAAUGGUGGUGUGGCAAUCAACGAGAAAGAAGACAUGGAUGCCUACAUGAUUCGUCAUUAUCCAUUUGUUCUAAUACAACAGGAAUCGUUCUAUCCAGAGAACGAUAGUCAACUUCCAAUUGUGCAAUAUCUCCACAAGCAUAUGAAAGAAACAUUGCUUAUCCCCACUCUUCGCUAUGCAAUUGGCAACCGUUUACCAGCGAUCUUGGCGUUUCUCCUCGAGAAUCUAACAAGCCGUACUGCCAGCUAUAAAAACUGCGUAAAGAUAGCAUUGGAUUGUCAUCAUCUCGAUAUCUUUGAACAGAUUGUAAAGUUUACUAUUGCAGAGGCGAAAGGAGAAGCAUCGAAAGUCAAAGCGUUGGCGAAAUACAUGCUCUCUGCGAUUAGAACGAAAUCUUUGUAUCCAGCUCUCAAAAUAUAUCUCAAACAUUUUGGACCGCAGUUAAAGUUUAAAGAUCACAUUGUUCCCUCGAAAAUAAGUUAUAUCGUUGAGAACCAAAAGGCAAAGGAAGCAGGAUUGGACUACGACAGUAUAGAGAACUACAUGGAUUUCUUUGAAGUUGGAGGAACUGGAAAGAUUUCACUUGUUAAGCUCUACCUUGAGUACUACGAAGAUGAAUACGAUGGCAACAUGAUAGCAUCGUCGUGUCAUGGUGCAAUAAAGGGUCGUCAAUUGGAUUUUCUCAUGGAAAUCAAAAAGCUGUUGCCAGAUUUCGUCUUUGAAAUCGAUAAGAGAUCAGAGAAAUCAUUGAAUAGCUACAGCACAAGAGAGUGCUACAAUUACUACGUUAAAGAAUUAAAACCAAAAGCAGAUUUAAAACAAGAAACAUAG